CGAUCGAGCUCGUUAAGAAACCCGGCUCUCGACCGCUAUCCGUUAUCCUCCUUUUCGAACUAAUCUAUCGCGAUUGAUGUCACCGGUGCGUGUUCCCCCUGCCGUCGGCAAGAUGCUAUUACGCCGGAACGUUAUUCGCUUACGGCGGCUAAUUCGAUUGCAUCGCCGACAACAAGGUCAGCCGUUUUACAACGUUUUACUCGCGUCGUCAUUGGAGUAACGACGAUAGGAAGAGUCGGGCCCAGGAUUUUCUUCGAGCUCGCUCCUUCUUCGUCCGUUGUCGCGUCGUCGUUACGUCGUUUCCUUGCCAGAGGGGUUAGGUAUCGAGAUAAUCGAGAAGAAUCGAGAAGAAUUCGAGAUGCGACACGAGAGAGAACGAGAGGACAGGAAACGCGAGUGCGUUUGAAAAGCAAACCCGAGAGGAGUACCCUACGCGGUGUACCCACCUAUCGUAGGACGGUGCUACCAUAGCGUCUACUACAUCCGUUCGAGUAGACAGAGUCGAGUAUGGGCGCCCUAGACGAUCUAAUUACUGGUUACACACUCGUCAGAAUCUAGCUCGUUCGGGACACGACGAGUGCUUUCUUCUCUAUCGAGGAUCGCGAGAUAAGGUUUAUCGAAUCGAAUCGAACCGUUCGAGGGUACGUCCGUGAUCUAAUUAUUUGGACGUUCUUCGACUCGUAGCUCGUCCUUGCGACGACGUCGAAUCCUUCCGGUCGAACUUCUCUUCGACGUUAUCGAAGUCAAUCGAACGUAUCCUCCGCUCGAGCGUUGGCGGGGGACGAACGACGCGUAAAGAAUAUAUUCGAUCGGAGGCAAAGAGUAAACCACGAAGAGCGAGGCCACCUACGGAUUUCCCUACCUACGGAAAUUCAGUCUCGACGUGCGAGAUCGUUAACCCCUCUUUCCCGGUCCAAAGCCUGCCGGAACUAAUUCGGUCCGAUCGAGCGGAUCCCUCGAGUCAAUCCCCAGAUCCGUCUAAACGAUCCAAGCGUUGAUGCCGAAUAAAAGUCAUCGGGACGCGAUUACAGGAGACGUACGCUCUCCAAGAUGUAAAUCGAAUUCGACGCAAGUACUUUGAAAAGCGACCUCGACUACCGUCGUACCUUCGGCGAAAUCUCUAACUACGUUAUAGAUCGCCCGUCGACCCUUGCUUUAAUAUUAAUCGAAAAGUCGCGAUGGAAGGUCAUCCCUAUGAAUAUUCUCUUGGAUAUUUGCUUAUCGAUAAGGUGAUAAUUGAACGAUAAUUAAUGCCAAACCUCGCUACUACCCACGCUAUCCCGACGUUAAAACGACGACAGGGAGAUAGAAGGGUAAGAGAAAUUAAAUGUGGAUCGGCUAUGAGAGUGCGAGGGAGCUCGCAAAAGGGAAGAUCGAUCGUACGUGACUGUACGUACUCGUACGGAACCGGCCGAUACGUAAGUACGUUCGUGCGCCCACCGCUGUAUCUGUAUCUAUGGAAAUAUAGCGUAUCUAUGCGUAAGGAGAGAAACGAAUAAAGUCGGAAAAAAUAUACACGCGUAGACCGCUUGGAACGUACGCGUACGCUUCGUAUAGAAACGAUAGGCCGAGAUACGACGACGAACGGGACUUGGGCAAUAACCUCGACGUUAUAUAUUUGUACGUACGUAAACAGGAGCGACGUGUCACACGCGCGAACAUAAAUCAUAAACAAGUUGGGAGGGAGAAAGAGAAAGGUAUAAGGACGAAGGGUCGGGCCUUGUGUCUACGGCGUGCGUUAUUGUUAUAUCCGCUUGGAUACGAGAUAACGCCAAGGGAGGAAACAGGGAAGAUUUCAUCUCGAUCCAACGAUGGAUGAAAGGAGGAGACUGUUCAGGGAGGAGAGUCGCGGUAUAUCGGACGGCGGAAGGAUGUGAGAGGACUAUAUGGGUGAACACCAAACGGGCAGAGCAGAUCCGUCGAAAUCACGAACACGUGGCGAGACGUGAAGCGGGACUAUCCGGACGGGUGGAAAAUCGCGCGAAAAUCUCUAAAUAAAGAUUUAGUACGUUAUACCGUCGUGACGCGCACACGCGAACGAAUCUCCAUCGAGGGUUUCCAGGACGAGUCGAAAAUUAUUUCAAAUAUCGAUUUCGCUUGCACAUACGUACCAUCGCUCGCUCUUCUUACUCUCGCGCGUACGUGCUAAAGGAUAGAGGAAACGAAACAAAGGAUCGAAAGACGAGUUAUCGCAGGAUGAGAUUCGUUGGAAGAGAAAAAUUUUCCAACCGACCUCGAUCGCCCGCCCAAUUCGACCCUCGAGAAGCUUCGCCCUUUUGUAAAUACGUAGCGUUGAGCCUGCUGUGCGUAAAGAAAUUCUCCGGGAGUGCGACGAUGCUGGAGGCUCCACCCGGAAGUCGCGAAGAUCUCGUGGAAGCGGCAAGAACUCCAUGUACGCCUACAGAUCUGGACACGAUGUUGUACGGAUACACAAACAGCAUAUACGUGCUGGACCACACUCCGGAAUCCUUGCCGGACAUGGAUAUGCUGCAGCUAUUCGCGUCGCCGGCAGGACGAGCACUUCUCAGUAACGACAAUCGGCCGAGAGGAUCUACGUCGACCUCCUCCUUGUCUCGAGAAUCCUCCUCGAGGUUGAAGAGCGGCAGAAGACCAUCGGGAACCGGUACGGUCAGCGCGCCUACUUCACCGCCGAGGCAAAGAAAGUCGAGCGCGGAGCUUUACAAGGAGGCCGUAGAAAUUCUUGGACUCACCUGUUCUCUGACCGACAGUUGCCGAUGCAUCGAUUGUCAGAGCAACUACUUCGACUGCGACGACGAUUGCGGCGAUGCAAGGACGGAAUUGGCCGCCGGCACUCCCAUACUGCUCGAUCACGCUUUGUCGCAUCCGUUGACAUGUUCCAUACAGUAGCAGGCCAAGUGGAUAGAAGCUGCAUCGGAGGAGAAGCCGCAUCGUCGACCCUUUUAUUAACUCAGCCUGCCACGCAUCGAAUACUUAUCGAAAGGAUUUUCCUUCGAAAAGGAAGCUAAUCUUACGGGGCCGAUCGUACGCCGAAGGACGAUUAGAAGAAUAAGCGAAAAAUAUUAUUAAAGUGUUAUAAAAAAAAUGGAAGGAGGACAAGCGACUUUCCUAAAAGGGGAGCAUAUAAAGAGAAAAGAAAAAAAUACCGAUAAAGAAUACACACGCACGUACAUACAUGCGUACAUACAUACAUACACACACAUAUAUAUAUAUAUAGAGAGAGAGAGAGACAGAGAGAGAUUUGAAAUUAGAAAAUCCGAAGAGAAUCAAUUCGUUGACUAAAAGAAAAACGAGAAAGUAACGUUUUUCCUCCUUCGUGUCGUUCGAUCGUAACCGAGUUAUCUCGCAACCCGUCUUUCGGUAGUUAGUCCUGUCGAAUUUCUACAUCUCUUUUCACUAUUGUCAGCUCGAAUUAUCUUUCUCGAAUGAUCACAUCGAGUACACGCGUACGUGUACUUUUGAAAAAUUCUGAAACAAGGAGGCACGUUGAUCGACGAUUAUCGGAGAUUAGGAAGACGAAUAAAGGGACACUAAUGGCAAACUACGCCAAACUAUCGAUAAAAGGAAGAUUAAGGACGAAAGUCGAGAUAGCGUUAAUCGAGUUAAUCCAUGUACCUAUACGGUGUCUGAGAAAAUUAUAUUGAUACGCUCGUCGUAUAUACAUAGACAUUAUAUUUACUACUCGUUUUAUUAUUAUCAUCAUCAUUAUUAUAUUAUUACUACAAAUUAUUGAAAUCUAGCGAAAUAAAGUAUACCGUUGAAUCGUACGCUCAAAGUUAAACCAAAGAUAUUACAAACGAGAAAAAUCUGUAUUUUGCGAAAAUACGAGUACAGAGUUUUCCACCAGCUCCUUCACCACUCCCGGAUUUCGCGUUCUUUUAAGUAACGAGCAGUACGAAGGUCUGCAUAUUACGUAGAUCGUAAUGAUAAAUGAUAUAUGACGUAACUACAAUAUAAACGAAGUUAGGCCUGAGAGUUAAUUAUGCGUUCAUUUGAUCGAGAUUGUAGCGAAUACGUAGUGGAAAAUGAAGGGAAAGGAAUAGCCGAAGGUAGCCGAAAGAAAAGUUCGAUGCUUUCGUCGUGAGCGAUUUAGUGAUCAUAAUGGAACAAAAGUCUAACGGUUGAAAUUGUUAUCGUAUCGAAGAAGGGUUUUAGUGCCAAACAAGAUUUUGCGCGUAGUACGCGUUCGACGUUCGUAAGGUAAACCGCUUACGAAUUAUGUGUACCUACCUUGUUGCUAAGCUUGCCAGAUUAUUAAAUGAAUACUUAAAUAAUGGAUGAAUAAAUAAAUAAAUAAAUAUUAAUAUAAAUAUAUAUAUAUAUAUAUAUAUACAUACAUACAUACCACGUGCGUGUGUGUGUAUGUAUGUGCGCGCGUGUGAGUGUGCGUGUGCGUGUGCGUGUGUAGGUACGGCUCGAUCGUACAAGAUAUACCGUGGAGUUUUGGAUGCUCCAAUCGAGUUUUCUAUGUACAUCUCGAGUUACAAACCGAAGCCUUUCUCCAACUACAUUUACAGGAUUUCGUACUUACGUACGAGCGUAGACGUAUACGUCGUUAAAAGUACAUAUAAAAGUAAAACACGAUUCAUCAUUCUUUCCGUGUUUGACGAGAGAGCCGAAAAGAAAGGAAACGUUGUCACAUUGUUACUUUUUUUCACAACGAGACAUCUACCAAGCUAUUCAAAUCUUUUGGCAAAAGAUUUUUCAAGGCUCUCCUAUCUUGUAACAGGACGUACGCUGAUCGCCAGCAGCGAAUUACCGUACAAUUUCAAGAUUUCGAUUUCGAUUAAAUGCGUCUUCCUUUAUCCAAGUGUUUGCGCAUAUUCCAAUCGUUUGCGACUCGUCGCUCUCGUACGUAUGUAACGUAUAUCCAUCGAUCUUCCAAGUCGUCGUUUUAUAUCGCGCGAAAUUAUUCGAUCUCGUCGAGAUAUCAUCUGGUUUAAUCUGCGAUUGCCGCGAUGGAAUCUAAUUAGAAUAGAGAGCUUUCAACUUUUCAAUUUUUCCAAGAAACAAACUCUCAAAGACAAGGGACUUUUGCUCUUUGCUUUUCGAAAUCGUUAAAUCGUUAAAUUAAUUAUACGCUAUAUCCGAUUAGAUGCUCAUCGUUCAUUCUCUUCUCGAUAUAUCUACGUAUUACUGCCUUUUCACUCGCGAACGAGGAUCUAUCGAUUCCGUCGAAUCCUUGAUCGCGUAGAAACGUCUACGAUCCAUCGCUUUGCGAUUCAACACACGAUGAUUGCAUCGGAUCGGCAACAUUCAUAUUCUCAUCCGCGAAAGUAUAAGCGAAGAAAUCAACAAUAAGUCCUCCAUCCUCCGAGUGAGAAGCAUUUAAAAUCGAAGAUAAUUCGAAAGCGCGACAGAUAUCGAGCUCUCUGUCUUUUAAUCAUUUUAUAGCGACACGGUUACGAAUAAACCAAAACGCAUUCCUGUAAACUACGAUGGCGUACUCUUGGAUAUGGCUAAUAUUCAAAUAUAGCAUAAUAAAGUAUAA